AUGAAAUUUGUGGGAUUAUUCUAUGUAACAGUAUUUCCAGUCAUCGCUCUGGCGGCAAGCAAUAAUAAGGUUGUCUGUGAAUUUGAUACAAAACCUCUUUCAUGUCCUACUGGGACCACCAUACAGAUUCGGACUGUAAAUUUCGGUCGGACAAAUGCCAUCGUGUGCAAGAGGGACAAACACAUCGACUGCUACUCUACAGGGCGUGUAACAGGGAAUGUGGCUCGAAGAUGUAAUGGAAAUGACCUGUGUCAAGUCUCCGCGGACUCGGGGAUUCUGGGAGAAAACCCAUGUCCUGGCAUUCCAAAGUACCUCGACAUCCUUUGGGAUUGUAACCCUCUCCCGACCACCACUCCACCCACCACUACUACUGCAUCCACUACUACCGUGUCAACUACAACCGCAGCAGCCAAUCAAAAUUUAGGUCCAGAUGUUUGUCAUGAAAACCUAGUUUCCGGUCCGCGGGGGGUCGCAGAUAGUCAGAUAACCAGCUCCUCCACAUACAGUAACUCAUCUAGCGCUAACUACGCCCCCUACCGGGGACGACUAUACAGUCCCAGCCUGAACUACCAGAACGGAACAUUCUUAAACGGCGGCUGGUCGGCCAAAGUUAAUGACAGAUACCAGUACAUACAGGUCCAGCUGAAUUCACAAAGCGUAAUAAGAGGCGUGGUUACCCAAGGCAGGAAUAUAGACGCCAUAUCCCAAUGCUGCAACGAACACGUGACGAAAUACACCGUGGAGUACAGUGUUGAUGGAGUGAACUUCGAGUCUGUUAAGGAUUCUAACGGAAAUACGAUUGAGUUUAACGGAAAUAGUGAUCAGGAGUCAGAAGUUACACAUAUGUUUGGAUGCUCAAUCAUUGCCAAGUAUCUGAGAAUCCGUCCAGUGGAUUGGAAAAACCAUAUUACUAUGAGAUUUGAAGUGUUGGGAUGUCCUACUAAAUCGGACCCGUACGGUGUAUGUCCACAAGACUGGAAAGAGCGACCCGGAAGUGACACAUGUUAUCUGAUUACGACACGCGAAGCUAAAACAUUCAAUGACGCACGACAGAUUUGUCGUCUGCAGCAGGGGGAUCUGUUGGUGGUGGAAGACAAGGCGGAGGCGGCUUGGGUGAAACAGGAAUUAGAUCAAAUCAAAACAACAUACUUCCAAAACUUCUUAUAUCAAGUAUGGAUAGGGAUGUCAAACGCCCCUCGCACUGACACACAGAAUUACAGAUGGGUAACUGGCGCCCCACACGAUAUUAACAUAGUACCCUGGAAAAAAGGGAUGCCUGAUAACUACGCCAAAUCGGAACACUGCGCAGAAUUUGUGGACUCUGGACUCAAUGACGUCAGCUGCACAUCACCAAUAAAUUACAUCUGCGAGAAGAAAAAAUAUUGGUCUUAUCCCGGACCGGCGACUACACAAACCCCUCCUUCUAAAAGCAAUUCUCCAAGUGGAGGAGGGUCCGGAAGUUCGACGUCCGGAAUUUCAGGAUCCAGCAGCUCGGGAACCUCUAGUAGCGGCAUCACAGGAAGUGGAACUGGUACAGGAAUUAGUUCAGGUGGAACCGGAAGUAGUGGAUCGGGAACUGGUACAGGAAUUAGUGCAGGUGGAACCGGAAGUAGUGGAUCGGGAACUGGUACAGGAAUUAGUGCAGGUGGAACCGGAAGUAGUGGAUCGGGAACAGGCGGUAUUAGCGGAAGUGGAACAAAUAAUGGCGGAAAUCCUGUCACAACGCCCAGAACCACCUUAACUACACGGAGAACUAUUACAGUAACACAGUCGAAGACAACAAGAGGUCCAUCGGGACAACCACAAUUUUUAGCGGGCUGCAAAGUAGAGUCGGAUUGUAUUAGGAUCGGGAUCGGAUACCACCAGUCAUGCCGGGGGUGUAAUUACGUCCUGAAGUGUCUGCUCAGUGGUCCAGCGGUCCAGCAGUGUCCUAAUGGUUACGUGUUCGAUAACAAUAUGCGCUUUUGUACAACACAGUCCACUACGUGUUACUAAAAAUCAAAUGAUAUGAAGAAUGUGCAGGAGAAUCAAAACGCUUGUUUUUAAAGAAUUGUACACCUUGUUAAAUUAUUUAAUGUUCUUUAUGAAUGCAAUGUUCGUAAUUUCAUGGAUUUAUUUUACU